GUGUCCCGGCCAGUCCUGGACGACGAUAAAUAAGGCGGGAGGGGCGAGUUGUGCUUGUGGGACUGGCUGAAAGCAAACUGUGCAUCAUCUAGCAAACAUUAAGAAUCGGCCCUUGUAAUGGAGGACAGGGCAGAAGCUGAGAGGGAAAUGGAUGGAGCCAUGUGGUCUGAGGAAUUUAUUGAGGUACCACAUGUCAGCAACCGAGGACUGAAGCAUCAAGAUCCUCUGAGUCUAGAGGCAUUCUUCUUGGAUGAACUGUCAAGGGAGAUCGGGUAUGAAACGGAUGAAGACGCCCUUAUCGAAGAACUACCCUCUGAACGGGAACAUGUCAGGAAGUGCGACAUAUACUAUGAGGAAACAAUACCUCAGAUGACGGACGAAGAAUUCCGCACCAACUUCCGCGUCGACAGGGAGACGCUCGCCAGCAUGGUGGAUAUCCUGGGCGAGCGCGAAGGCAACCCGACAGGGGCAGGACUGGUGCCAACUCCCCGCGAAAAACAACUGCUGCUGACACUCUUCUACCUGGGCAGUACUCUCAGCUUCCGAAAGGUCGCCACGCAGUUUGAAAUGAGCAUGUCCACGGCGUGGGAGUUCGUGGAUGAGAUCAUCGAACGCCUGACCAACCUGAAAGAGCUCUUCAUUCGCUUGCCUGUGGGGCCUCAGAUGCUCAGUACAGUCGAGUCCUUCCGUAAGGUGGCCGGUGUGAAGGGCGUGCUGGGCGCCGUCGCCGACUGCCACAUCCCCAUUCGGAAGCCCAUGUACGAGCCGAACAAGUUUGCCAACUGCAAGGGCUUCUUCUCGUUUCACAUGAUGACGGUGUGCGACGCUAGCAACCGGUUGACGGAUGUGUACGUCGGCAGCCCGGGCUCGCUGCACGAGUCGGAGGUGCUCGACGGCAGUCCGCUCGCCAAACAGCUCGCCAACGACGCCUUUCCGCGACCGCCCGGCGACAAGAAGCACUACUACAACCAGCUGCUGACAGACACGGUCGACGUGAGCCGACGCGCGCUCAGCGUGCUGAAGGCGCGUUUCCGCCGGCUCAGCUUCGUCGACACCAAGAGCGUGAAGAAGGCCGUCAUGCUGACGUGCGCGGCGUGCGUGCUCCACAACAUGUGCCUCUCUCUGGAGGACAAGUGGGCGGAGGAGCUGGUGGAGGAAGAGGCGGAUCCCACCACGACCGAGGACGAAGAUCAGACACACCUACGAGGCAACGGCUAA